GCUAUCAUUCCAGCGGAGUCAGUGGCGUGUUUUCGGCUCCCUAUUGUAAAGCCGAUUUGCCUGAGUUAAUUUAUCUUAGAUGGUAUUUUGUUGAGGUCUUUAGCUUGGCAAAGAAAGCUGUGAUUUUCGGCACUCUCGCGGGGCGGCGUAGGUGGCGUUGGUUGCGCAACGUCGCAUAAAUUGUAAUCAGGUCUCAGAACACUAUGCCAGAGCUAUCUCUGGCUCAGAGGGAUCAAUUGAAGACAGCGUGACGAAUGAAAAAUGAAUGAGGUGUACUGCAGACCCGUGCAGACCCUUCACGAGCUCAUGUAUCCCUUCUCCACUGCAAGGACUUCUCGAUGUUAUGCAACUAUCACAUGACCUUUGCGAAAGCCUUCCACGUAAAUCGGACUGGUCAGCCACGCACACUGGCGCACAGGUCAUUUUGGCGCCGGGUGCUUCAUAUAGAUUGUUAAACAUCUUCAAAGCUCUUCAUGUUAAGCAUCGUGUCCAGGUGGCUGAAGGGCUGUCAGUGCAGUGUCAAACAGGGACAGCGUCCUGCAGCUCUCCCCUGGCGUCCUGUGACGCGCACCUGUCGGCACUGCUGGUGGCAACCCGGGUUGUUCGGGCACCGCUAGUUGAAGGCGAGGUAACGCACACGCUGACGGAGGCGUUUGGGCGGCUGAGCUACCGCGGCCGGCCCAUGAACCGCGUCGCGCGCAUUGCGGGCAUCUGCGCCGCCGGCCAGGUGCUCGUGAGCGGCGACAUGUGGGCCGCGGCGACGGGCGAGCUGCUGGACCGCUUCUGCGGCGUAAGCCUGGGGCGCAUGGCGCCCAAGGGGCUAGCACAGCCCAUCGAGAAGUUCAUGGACUUGUUGGUUGCUUUCUGUAUGUGACGGUAGGGCACGUAUGGUUUGUGCCAUUUUUAA